CCAAUUAUUGUAUUUUUGCAGGACUAAAGAGGGAAUUAAUUGUGUACUUGAAACCCUCCAAGGAUAAUGGAAGGGGGUCACCUACGAACUGACCUCCAACGUGUGUUACAACAAUUUCAGAACAUUAAAUCGGGGUAUUGCAAAUGAAAAAUAAAUCUACUGGCCAGAGACAAAAUAAUUGAACUGCAGCAGACAAAGAUGGAGGCUUCAUACAAACGAGUGGAUACACUAGCCAGAGUUUUCGAUGAUUACAAGAAGAAAUAUCACGAGAGUUUGCUCAAAUAUCAGGGUGAGAACUAUCAAUUGACGAAGAGGAUUGAGGAAUUGGAGAACAAGUGUAAGAGUUUACAACAAAUUAAUCAGAAUUUGGUGCUGGAGGGAAAUGCCUUUCGAGAUGAACGAUUCGAGAGACUGGAGGAUGAAGUGCAGAUUUUGGAGUCUCGGAUAGCAGUUGGACAGGAGCAACACCAGGAAGAAAUGGAAAAGUUGAGGGCAGAGUAUGAACGACGAAUAGGGGAGAAGACUGCAGUCAUUGAGAAGUUAAACGAGAAGAUUAAGUCAUUGGCACAGCAAGCAGUUGUCCACUCACCGUUUCAACAUCCAGCUUUGUAUCAAGAAGUUAAGAAAGUCAAGAAUCGAUUUGCUGUCAAGAAGAAGUCCGCCAACACAGCAUUCACAUGGCCCAGUUUGCAAGUUGAAAAGGUCAAAACAAACUCCGAUCCAGCUCCUCCACCCAAGCGAAGCAAAAAAAAACUUUUUCAUAACGAUGAAAACGAAAUUUCUGAUGUUACUGGAUAAUGAGUCAAAAAAUUACGAAUCAAAUCCGAUUCAAUCGUUAACAAAAAGUAUAUUUAUUCCAUUCCCUGAAAUGUUAAGGGUUAUUACAACUAACACAUGAUAAUUAUCUCACAUUUUAGGAUUUUAAUUCUAAGAAGGUACUGAGUAUUUGUAUAUGUACAUGAAUCCGAAAAUUAAUUCAUAAGACAUGAGUUAGAAGAUCGUCGCAAUUUUGCAUUUUGUCAAAUGCAAUUUAUAAUGUAAUAAAGCUUUUGUUCA